CUUUCACACUCUCCUCCGCAAUACAUUCAUGUCGCCCACUACCACAGCCGCUAACCCGCCUGUCGAUCUCAGCAAGGUCCGCCUUGUUGCCUCUGACCUGGAUGGUACCUUAAUCGUAGGCAGCUUCAACGGCGGUAAUUUGACUCAAAGAACCAUUGAUGUGCUCCACGCACUCGAAAAGAAAGGUAUCCGCAUUGUGUUUGCCUCAGGACGACCUACACGGACCAUGAUCCCUGCAGUGGAGCAAGCCGGACUGUCCAACUUGAUGGUGAUCUGCUGCAACGGCGCACAGGUCGUCGACAGCCACACCAAGACGAUUGUCAAGAAAUUCUCCAUUCCAGCACAUCAUGUGCAGGAGAUUGUGACCAAAGUCAAGGCUGCCCUGGGCGAUGAGGCCUUUAUUGGAGUAGAGUGUGACGCUCAAUUCAAGUGCGAGCAAGGUUACGCCGACAAGCGCCGUCCUUUCAUGAACCACGCACACGUCAUUGUCGAGGAUCCCCGAACGGACUUUUUCCAGACCGAAGAAGAUACGGUUGAAAAGAUCAUCAUUGUCCACAAGACCUGGCCAGCUGAUCAGCUCAAUGCUUAUCUUUUGGAGCACGUCUUUUCUGAGAAAUCGUGGAUGGAUGUGAUCUACCCGACCUUUUCGAGUAUGCAUUUUGUAGAGAUUUCCGCUGCCGGCGUUUCCAAAGCAACGGCGAUCCAGUAUCUCUGCGAAAAACUGGAUGUCGCAAAGGAAGAGGUCAUUGCGUUUGGUGAUAUGCCCAAUGAUAUCGAAAUGAUCAAGUUUGCUGGUAUCGGCGUUGCAAUGGGAAAUGCACACGCAAAAGUCCAGGAACUUGCUGACAUGGUUACUGUAAACAACGUUGACGAUGGCGUUGCUGUUGUCCUGGAAAAGAUGCUUGCACAAUUAUAAUAACUUUUGCCCCCAAUUAUCAUCCCCUCCCUUUUCCCUCAUUCUUGUUAUUCUGCUCAUUCCCGCCCUGUUCUCUUCUCUCCGUGUAUAAUUUGAGAAAUAUAUAACCCACGAUCUGCAUUAAGAUCUUGGUUUUCUUGCAAAAUUGGACAUCAU